AUGGGGUUCGAUUCUGAUGCCAUGUGGUUCGGUUCUGAUGCCAUGUGGUUCAGUUCCGAUGCCGUGUGGUUCGGUUCCGGUGCCAUGGGGUUCGGUUCCGAUGCCAUGGGGUUCGGUUCCGGUGCCAUGGGGUUCGGUUCCGAUGCCAUGGGGGCCCACGGCGCUCUGGGCGUGUUGUUUAACGUUGGCACCGAGGACAUCGCGCUGGAGGAACGAGGAGCCGCCGUCAGCGACGGACGCUUCCACGUCGUCAGGUUCACGCGCAGCGGAGGAAACGCCACCCUGCAGGUGGACGGCGGGCCCGUGCACGAGAGAUACCCCGCAGGCCGCCAGCUGACCAUCUUUAACAGCCAGGCAAUCGGUUCGCGUCGGCGGCCGCGAUCGUGGGCGUCCGUUCCAGGGUCAGCUCUCGGUCUCUAUUACAAACGGCUUGAAGGUGUUGGCGUUGGCGGCCGAAGGGCACCCAAGGGUGAGGGCUGAAGGUGACCUACGUUUAGUUGGGACCCCCCCCACCACCAGCGGCUCCUCCAGGUCCCGGCAC